GUCAAGAAAAUCGAUAAAUCCGUAAACGAAACCAGUUCACUGCAAUGACGAAAGUGGGCGAUAAACAUUUUGAGUGAGCACGAAAUCAUCUUGUGAACCGAAAAAACACGGAAGACAUGGUCAAAGUACAAGUGUUUUGCAGUACGUAAUAAAAGAGAGUGUAGCCAGGAAGAUGUUUAUGGACGAUAGUGGCGUCGAGAGUGGCGACAAGCUGGAAUCGUUGUUUAUCGAUGAACUGGCUACCUUCGGAGAGGACCAUCUGUUAAAGGAUGCUACCACAAGUGUGCUGAAAGGAGCGAGUCUCGAUUCCGACGCAGAAAGUGACAUCUACUCCAAGCUGAACGAUUUCGACGUAGUGUUUGAGAAUCCGGGCGAAAGGCAUGACCCGAUACGGGCAGCUACAGCAGCAGCCGGGGCGCCCGUGCCCGAUUCGGACCGUCUUCCACCAUCGACAGCCCCACAGAAGUAUCCGUCCAGUGCUAGUGGCGGUCGCAAGGUGCUCACAAGUGACAACAGUACCGAAUCGUUCGCUUCCUCCUCGGCCACGUCCAGUGGUGCGGCUACGGUGCCUUCCGGUGCGAACGGGGACGAUGGUUCGCAGCGUGACCACAGUUCGGUGGCGCAGCUCAGCACGUGCAAAAUAUUGCAGCGCAAGCUGGAACUGAAGGUAGAGCGCGCCAAACGCAACUACAAACAGAUGUACCAGGAUGGGCAUGAUGCGGUAGAGAAAGAGCCCAAAAUAAGCAGCCUCAUACCGAUAUCGCGACUUCCAAUACCGGCCGGACGGGACAGCCAUCAGCUGGUCGAUGUAAACACGGGCUUCAAUAGUGAUGACGAGCUGGAGAAUGUUUCGUUCUUUCCACGCCCCAAUCGUAAGGGUAGUGGAGCGGGAGCGCACACCCGCCAGGAACUGUCGGACACGUUCAGCAUCCAGGAGAUGACGAUCGAGUCGGACAACGAUGAUCUGGAUUUCGAACAGUGUCGCAAGCUUUCGGACAGUAAGGGAUACAGGAAAAUACUUAAUCGCGGCAAUAGUUCCACUGGGCAGGAUGACUAUCUGGACAACGAUACGCUCGAUGAGGAUGACGACUCGCAGAACCUGGAGCUGUUGCCACCGAAAGGUGGGUACGCACUCAAGGAACAGCUAAGGCGAAUGUUUUGUUGCUGCUGGAAGAGUGACGAGUUCCUGUGAUUGAGCUCUCCGUCAGGGAUGUACGAUUAACAUUAAUUUGGGCGAUUGUGGGCUUCCGAAGAUGUGGCGGUUAGGAAAAAAUAACAAGGAAGCGUUUCAGUAUCUGCUUAUCUAUCUGCUAGAUAAAAAAAAAAAAACAAAAUAAACACUUCCAUGCCGGGAGGAAUUAUUAAUCAAGCACAA